CGCUCCAUGUAUGGAAGGCACAACAAAAGUAAAUCCCAGUAACCCUCCCGAGCAGUCAUCAUGGCGGCAGAGCCGCCGCCGCCGCUUCUCAGCCGGGAUAAGGAGGCGACAGCGGCUCAAUUGAAGGGCGAACUGAGCCGUGUGACGGACCGGAGCCGGGAGCAGCUGAACGAGCUUUUGGACUGGGUGCUGUGUGCGGAGCGGCCGGCGGGGGAGGCGCUGGACUGGUGCAGGUCGCUGCUGGCCGGAGGGGACAAGUUCGAGGACUUCUGUCAGGCGGUGCGCUCGUACGAUAACGCCACCCUGUGCGGCCUGGUGUGGACGGCCAACUUCGUGGCGUACCGGUGCCGGACGUGCGGCAUUUCCCCCUGCAUGUCCCUGUGUGCCGAGUGCUUCAACCAGGGAGAACACGCCGGCCAUGACUUCAACAUGUUCCGCAGCCAGGCCGGGGGGGCGUGUGACUGCGGGGACAGCAAUGUCAUGCGGGAGAGCGGAUUUUGCAAAAGACACCGAGUAAAGUCGAGCUCUUGUGUUCCCACUGUGCCCCAGGAUUUGCUGGUGAUGUCAGAGCUGGUCAUCCCUCGUUUCAUCUUCUACCUUAUUCAGUACUUGAGAGAUGGCUACGGCGAGCCAGAUUCCGCAUCUGAUAAAGAUUUCCAGAAAACCCUACAAGCUUUGGAUCCACAAAUAUCUUUCCUGGAAGAUUUAACCAAGAUGGGGGGAGCGAUGCGAACGGUCCUUACACAAGUUCUCACCAACCAGCAAUAUUACAAGGACCUUUGCUGUGGUUCCACUGAGAAUACUUGUACAAAGAGUCAUGAAAAGUACCUUAUUGCCCUAAAGGGGUCUGGACUAGCAUUUCCUGAAGAGAAACAGCCGAGCGGGAGCCAGGACAAGAGCACAAGUGCUUUACCAGUGCAAGAAACUGCAGGAGCGAAUGCAGCGUCAGCACAGUCCGAUUCUUCUGAUGAGGAGGACCAGGAUGACAGAUCAUCUGUAGGGAAACGUAAAAGAGUAAAACUCAGCACAAGUGCCAAAGAUCAGUCUAUCAUGGAUGUUCUGAAGCAUAAAUGUUUUUUAGAAGAAUUACUCUUUUGGACUGUGAAGUAUGAAUUUCCUCAGAAAAUGGUCACCUUCCUGCUCAAUAUGCUACCAGACCAAGAGUACAAGAUUGCGUUUACAAAAACUUUUGUUCAACAUUAUGCUUUCAUAAUGAAAACCUUGAAGAAAAGCCAUGAGUCAGACACAAUGUCAAACCGAAUUGUGCACAUCAGCGUCCAGCUCUUCAGCAAUGAGGAGCUGGCUCGUCAGGUGACUGAAGAGUGUCAGCUUCUGGACAUUAUGGUUACCGUGCUGCUCUACAUGAUGGAAAGUUGCCUUAUCAAAAGUGAAUUGCAAGAUGAAGAGAACAGUUUACAUGUCGUGGUAAACUGCGGCGAAGCGCUACUGAAGAAUAACACAUACUGGCCGCUAGUUAGUGAUUUCAUCAAUAUUCUUUCCCACCAAAGUGUAGCUAAGAAAUUCUUAGAGGAUCAUGGGUUACUAGUUACUUGGAUGAAUUUUGUAUCAUUCUUUCAAGGUAUGAAUUUAAAUAAGCGGGAACUCAAUGAGCAUGUGGAAUUUGAGUCCCAGACAUACUAUGCUGCAUUUGCUGCUGAACUUGAAGCCUGUGCCCAGCCAAUGUGGGGUCUUCUGUCACACUGCAAAGUGAGGGAGACUCAAGAGUACACAAGGAAUGUUGUCCGGUAUUGCCUUGAAGCCCUUCAGGAUUGGUUUGAUGCCAUAAACUUUGUAGAUGAGCCGGCACCGAAUCAGGUUACCUUCCAUUUGCCUCUACAUCGCUACUAUGCCAUGUUUUUAAGCAAGGCUGUGAAGUGUCAGGAAAUAGAUUUGGAUUCUAUUUUGCCUGACCAGGAAAUGCUGAUGAAGCUAAUGGUCCACCCGCUUUUAAUUCAGGCAAACUUGUCCGAAAUCCACAGCAACAUGUGGGUACGGAAUGGCCUUCAGAUUAAAGGACAAGCUAUGACCUACGUACAGUCACAUUUCUGUAAUUCCAUGAUCGACCCUGAUAUUUACCUGCUGCAGGUGUGUGCAUCAAAACUAGACCCGGACUACUUUAUUUCAUCCGUUUUUGAAAGGUUUAAGGUUGUAGACCUUUUAACAAUGGCCUCCCAACACCAGAACACAGUUCUGGACUCUGAUCAUGAAAGGUCGAUGCUUGAAGGGGCGCUGACGUUUCUUGUUAUCCUGUUGAGUCUACGUUUACACUUAGGAAUGACCGAUGACGAGAUCCUCAGAGCGGAGAUGAUAGCACAGUUAUGUAUGAACGACCGUACUCACAGCUCACUACUUGAUCUUAUUCCAGAAAGCCCUAAUCCCAAGAGCGGUGUAAUGCCGGGAAGCUGCAGCUCUGAAUCUGUAUUGUCGGCAGUUGCUGACUUUAAAGCUCCCGUGUUUGAACCUGGAGGUUCAAUGCAGCAAGGAAUGUAUACACCGAAGGGUGAGGCCUGGGACCAAGAGUUUGACCCUGUGAUGGUUAUCCUCCGUACUGUGUACCGCAGAGACGUGCAGUCCGCCAUGGACCGAUACACUGCAUUUUUAAAGCAAAUCGGUCGAUGUCCUGGAAACCCGUGGCCGCCUUACAAGAAGAGAACCCCUCUACAUCCAAGUUACAAAGGGCUUAUGAGGCUCCUGCACUGCAAAACUUUGCACAUUGUCCUCUUCACUCUUCUCUACAAGAUCUUGAUGGAUCAUCAGAACAUGUCAGAGCAUGUCCUCUGCAUGGUCCUGUAUCUCAUAGAGCUUGGAUUGGAAAAUUAUCCAGAGGACGACCCUUGUGAUGAGGACACAGCUGGACUGGAUCGAUGCCAUGACAGCUGGUUUCCUGGUAGCAGUUUGCUGUGUAAUAUGCGGCAUGUCAUAAACUUUGUGCGUGUUCGUGUACCUGACACUGCUCCAGAGGUGCGAAGAGAACCUCCAGCAAGCACCAGUUCGGAUAGCCAUUCAUCUGCACAUCAGGCUCCCAGGCGGCCUUCCUUCCAGAGAGAGAACUCCGGCACUGCUCAAGUUUUCAGUUUGGUUGCUGAACGGCGGAAGAAGUUCCAGGAGAUAAUAAACCGGAGCAAUAGCGAAGCCAAUCAAGCUGUGCGGCCUAAGACCUCGGCUCUGAAGUGGACAGCGCCUGGCUCUACGCCGCAAUUAACCACAGUGAUUUUAGAGGUGAAGGAGAGCAUGCUGUCCUUACUGAUCAAGCUUCACCAGAAACUGUCUGGGAAGACGGACUCCUACUGCCCACCUUGGUUGGGGGAUCCAGAUUGUCUUAUCCAAGCAGAUUUAUCCAAAUACGCUCAUGGGGAUGGAGUGACUGCUGUGGAAAGGAUUUUAUUGAAGGCUGCAAUAAAAAGCUGCUUGAACAAACUUAGCAUUGAUGAAAUUUGUCGGAAAGCUCCUCCACCUGUCCCACCCAAAAAGUCUAGUCCUGCAGAGAAGAAAACACUGGAUAAAGAGGAAAGACGUCAGAAGGCCAGGGAGAGGCAGCAGAAGUUACUUGCCGAAUUUGCUUCAAGGCAGAAAAGCUUUAUGGAAACGGCAAUGGAUGUUGAAUCACCCGAAUCUGAUGUGGCCAUGGAGAUCGCCUCAUCAGAACAGCAAGUGUCUGAACCGACGUAUGACUGUGUAAUAUGUGGCCAGAGCGGCCCAUCCACAGAGGACCGGCCCAUUGGUCUAGUGAUUUUGUUGCAAGCAACCUCUGUUUUGGGACACCGUCGAAAAAUCUCUGAGCCGAAGAAGCUUCCUACCAGUGAAGAGGAGCAAAUCUAUCUGGAGGGAACAUGUGCUGCAGUGCAUGAUGUCAGACUCACCGUAUUACAGCGCCAUUUCAAAGAUAGUUCCUGUCUCCAGUCUGUAUCGAUAGGUUGGGAAGGAGGAGUAUAUGUACAAACGUGUGGCCACACACUUCAUAUAGACUGCCAUAAAUCCUACAUGGAGUCAUUGCGGAAUGACCAGGUCCUACAGGGAUUCGCUGUUGACAAAGGAGAAUUUACAUGUCCUCUCUGCAGGCAGUUUGCAAACAGUGUCCUUCCUUGCUUUCCUGGAAACAAUAUAGAGCGAAGCCUCUGGCAGAGUCACGCUCAUGGAAACAAGAGCAUGAGAGAGCUCAUCAAAGAGGUGGAGGAGCUUCAAGAGCAGCUGGGAACUUUCCCAGUAAGCAUCAGUUCAGAAACUAAUUUAAGCAAAGAAAUGGAGGCGGUGAUGAAAGACAUCAAGAGCACUACACAAAAGAAGUAUACAGACUACAGCAAAACGCUCGGCUCCCCUGACAAUGACUUUCUCUUUAUGUACUCUGUUGCCCGAACAAAUCUGGAACUGGAACUUGUCCAUCGUGGAGACAAUCUGUGCUCAGGAGGAGCGAGCGCGGCUGGAAAAAGAUCCUGCUUAAAUCAGCUCUUCCAUGUCUUAGCCAUGCACAUGAGGCUGUACAGCAUUGACUCCGAGUAUAAUCCGUGGAAAAAGUUAACACAACUUUUGCCAAAGAAAGAUCCCCAGACAAGCGAUGACGAGAGAGCAGAGGUUCCUUUGCUCUUAAGAGAUGUCACCUCAAUAUUGCUCAUUCAGGUCCUAACAAUGCCCCAGCCGCUGCGCAGAGAGCACUUCACCUGCAUUGUGAAAGUACUUUACUCCCUACUCUAUACUCAAGCCCUCAUCGCAGUCACUGUCCGGUUCAGUGCUGAGGACCGAGCAACUUGGAGAGAGUCUGGAGCCCACAAAAAAAGCUCAUAUUCUCCCGGGAAGUCAUGGGAAGCCUUGCUUGGUUUUGUGAUUAACGAAUUAUCGUCAGGAAAGCUAUACCAAGAAGAAGAGGCGGAGGACGUUACAAAGGUCGGCCCCAUUGCUUGGACCUCACAGUCCAUUGAACAUCACCUGCAGCAAUUUUGUCUGCCCUUCCUGAGGCUCACAACCCUUCUCCAGCACCAUCUGUUUGGAGUAGAUAUUCCAAGCUGCCAGGAAGAAGAUGAAUUUGUUGUCCUUUGCAGCUGCUCAGGAAUUUUACUGUCAGUCCUUCAAACAUCACAAGAGUUCACCAGCGCGGCCUGCCUAGACUGGCCUGUCCCUGCAUUUGACCUAACGUUUCAGUGGUGCACAGAAUUGGUUCUGUUUUCAGAAAAGCAGCCUGAUCAAUUUAAUACUCUGCUUAUUCAAGAGACCAAGUGGGAUUUACCAAGGCUUCUCCAGUUGCCAGAAAUCUACAACACCAUUUUCCAGUAUUAUCAUAGGAAGGCCUGCAGUGUCUGCACUAAAGUUCCCAAGGAUCCAGCACUUUGCCUUGUGUGCGGUACAUUUGUUUGCUUGAAGGGACUUUGCUGCAAGCAGCAGAAUUUCUGUGAAUGUGUCCUGCACUCCCAGAACUGUGGUGCUGGUACCGGGAUUUUCCUGCUAAUCAACGCCUCAGUGAUAAUCAUAAUUCGGGGGCACCGCUUCUGCCUCUGGGGUUCUGUGUAUCUUGAUGCACAUGGCGAGGAAGACCGAGAGCUCAGACGCGGAAAGCCUCUUUACAUCUGCAAGGAGCGUUACAAUGUGUUGGAGCAGCAGUGGGUGACGCACACGUUUGAUCACAUCAAUAAAAGAUGGGGCCCGCAUUACAAUGGCCUGUGAAGAUCAAUGCAACUGCAAAUGAAAUUGCUAGCAAGAAGCAAAGGGCUUCCUACGGAAAGAAGAGGCUGGCGCGAUCCCCGCCACCAUAAAGCUUUUUAGUGAUUAGGUGCUAUUGUACUAAUAACAACACUCCCCGGCAAGCACUAGAAGAGCUAAGUAUACGAACGUCAGAAGAAAGAAAGGAACACUACAGCCGGUGUCGUCCUGCAAGCACAAUGAAUACUGAAUGUUCAAGGCGCAUUUCCGCUUCUUCUAUAGAUUUCUUUAUAGUUUCUGUACAUUUUAUUUUUAAUUAACUCGCUUCUAGCUUCAUCCUUGUGUUGAUUUGUAUAGUCACUGGAGACUUAACUGACAUAUAGUGCACGCCUCAGUACAACAGGCCGACAUUAGGGUUUGUUAGCGCUGCUUUGUAUACCACCAGGGUCAGCGCACUGGUCAUCCACCUCCAGUGCGAAGCCGCCAGAGGGGAGGGGAUAUGGGUGGGGGGGCAUUGUUGUGAAUAUAAUGUGCUGUGAUAAAUUGUGAUAUUUACGUUUUUGGGCUUUUGAGCCUUAUCUUACAAACUACUCAACCAUACUGAAGCAAUGGUUUAGUAUGGCCGGGUGGGUUUAAUUGUAUUUGCUAAAUGGGACUGCACUUUUAAAUGUUUGAUAAGCUCACUGUAAACAAAUCUAUUAACGUGUCCUUUUUUUGUUUUGCUUUUUUGAGUGUUGAUAUGUAAUUAGGAAUCCAUUGUAAAACACCUUUUGUUUCCUGUGAAAUAUUGUAUAGUUACAGAUGGUAUACAGAUGUUAUUAAUGACAAUUUUACAUUCAAAUUGUAAUCAUAUAUAAAUAUUGCUGUAUGUGUGUAUAGAAGAAAAUACACGCAUUCAGGGACAUAUACAUAAGUUGAGUUAUUUGUCCAGAGGGUCUGCGAAAGUUUUUUUUUUUUUUUUUUUUUUUUUUUUUUUUUUUUAAGGCUUUGCUAAAACUGAAUUUCAUUCUCAGGAAUUUUAAGACUCUCACUGGACAUGAAAUUGAAAUGUGAUAUUGGAUUGCUGUAUUCUUUCCUUUACCCUCAAAGUUUUGUUCCAACUGUGUUCUUUCUGCAAGGGUAAGUGCUUUGUUGUAUGCAGUGAACUAGGCUUAAAUGACAUCUGAGCAAGACAUAGUCAUCUAGGUCUUGUAAAAAUGUACAAAACAAUAAAACAGAUCAUCUAAUCUGAAA